UUGCAUCAAUAUGGCGGCUGUUUUCAAACAAAGUCAGAUGUUCAAGAACUUUUGAUGAAAUAUUGCCUCUUUUAACAGAUCAGCGUACAUAUAACUAAGAAUUUUGGAAGAAUGGUUGAAAAGGAAAAAUUCUUAGUUGUCAUUUCUGUGUUGGAGGGAAGGAGAUUUCCAAAGAGACCAAAGCACAAAGUCAUUGCUGAAGCCAGGUUUGAUGGUGAACUUUUGGCUUCAGACCCUGUUGACCAUGUGGAGGCCCCAGAUUUCACACAGGAACUGGCAUGGGAAUUGGAUAAAAAAGGUCUACAGCAACACAGGUUGCAGAGGACUUCAAUCAAAAUCCAAUGUUAUGCUGUUGAUUCAGUCAGUACCAUGAAAGAAGUUAUUGGUUAUGUUGUUUUAGACAUCAGAUCUGUUCAAACAAAACAGACUGCAAAGUGGUAUCCAUUGCUACAUUCUAAGUACAGUAAAAAUAAACCGGAGAUUAAGUUGUCCAUUUACCUCGACGAUGAUAAAACUGGAGAACAGCCAAGUUUUAAAGCCAGAGAAGCACCACCUAGAGUGAUAGAAGAUUUAGCAGAAGGAGAAGGGUACUUGCGUACAUUACAGCCAGUUUUAGUAGAAGAUGAGGGAUACUACCAAAUUGGACCUGCAGACAAAUGUAAAGAUAGCUUUGUCAUGUCUGUUACAAUUGGAUAUGCUAAUAAUCUAGCACAGUUAAUUCCAAGCACUCACCCAUUACCAUCUUUAGCCACUGGAUAUUUCUUCUACUUUUCAUUGCUGGGAAAUGAUGUGACGAAUGAGACAUUCCAGGACCUCAUCAACCCAAACUUCCCUGCAGAGCGAGCUUCAGUCAGGAUCAAGUCUAGUGUAGAUGCUCUGAGAACAUUUCUAUCAAGCCAACCAGGAGUACAGGUCCAUUUAUGCUGUGGAGACCAGUCUUUAGGAAACUGUGAAAUACCUCUGAAUACAUUAAUAAAGAGAAACAGUACAGAGAUCUAUAUGAAACCUGUGACCAUAGAGGGACCAUAUCAGCUGAAUCCACCUAACAAGGCAAAGCAACAGAUCUUAUCAGCACCACCAGAUUUAGCCCCUGUUGUUGGUGUGUCAAUAGUACUCAGAAAAGAAGAUAUGGGAGUCAUGUCUCCUGGUAAAGGUCCUUCAGGGGAAAACAUCCAUGAAAUUCCACAGUCUCCUGUGAGAUCCCCAACACAUUCUCCAGUGAGAUCCCCACCAAAAUCCCCUAAGAAAGAUGGACAGAAGUCUCCCAAAAAAGGAAAAGGCAAAGGAAAAAGUAAAGGAAAACAAGAAGAGACUGCAGAAAAAGUAGAAGUUCAUUAUCCUGACGAUUUUGAAAUUGGCAACAAUACUCAGGAAAAUGUCAGUAGCUUGGAGGAGGAUAAAAUGAGAGAACAGAUAUCAAAGAAAUUGAAAGAUAAACCACCAAUGUUUCCAAAGGGACCACCCAGUCCUAUAAUGGCUGGCCAUGAACAUAAAAGACUCUCUGACCAUGGUGAACAAGAGUACAGUAAUCAAACCACAUCUACACAUGUAGCUAUUCCUCCACAGGCACAUCAUUUCACAUUCUCCAUAGAUUUACGCAGCAUCAAAGAUGUGGACUCAUCAACAACAUUUUUUGUUUAUUUAAAGUAUACGUAUCCAUUUUUCGGGAGUGCUUCUGCCAUUAUUACACAUCCUCCAGUAGAGAUUCGUAGAGGUAUGGAGGUACUUCUCCCUCAGUCAUUCUGUGCGUUUGACUUUGCCUGCAGUACACAGCAAUUACAAGAAACAUUCCUAAGAGUUCCAUUGAUGGUGGAGGUUUUCCAUAGAGAUAAGCAACAGUCAAGAGAUAUACUUGUUGGUGUAACUAAAUUGCCAUUAGAACAGAUCAUUUCAACUGAUAAAAAUAGAAUUUCGAGUAAUACAGGAAGUACAGGUUGGAGGCAGAGUUUUGGAGAUAGAAUCAAUGUCGUUUCUCCAGAAAGUGAAAAGAAGGUAGGAGACAUUAGUAUGGUGUUAAGUUUAGAAGACUGGGGACCAAUCUCAGCACAUCAAAUUGUUGUACAGCAAGAAACAACCAAUGUACCUAGUCAUCCUCCUGUAGAACACAAACAACCACCCAGAGCACCGUCACCAGUAGAACCAAGGGAAACACCUGAAUACCAAGCUGCAAUUGAACUGGAGUUGUGGAAAGAAACUCAAGAAAAGAAUUUUGAAAAUCAGUUAAAGCAAAAGGAGGCAUCUUACAUGAAAGCACUUGCAGAAGAAUGGAAGAAAAGAGACAGAGAAAGAGAAAUACUCAUGAAGAAAAAGUUGGCAGAGUAUUCACAGCUAGAGGAACAGCUAAGGAAAACAUUAAAAGAUUUAGAAAAACGAGAGAAACAGCUAGCUGCUAAUGAACAAGAAGUUAAUAGAUUAAAGAAGGAUUUACAGAGAGAACAUGAUGCCAAACUUCAGGAAAUGAAAGAGGCUUCUAGACGUAUGAAGGAUGAUGUUGAUCAUAAAAUAGAACUUGAAAAAUCAAAAACAAAAGAGAUAGAAAAUUUAGUAGAGAGAUAUAAAAGAGAGCUGAAUGAAGCAGAAAUGAAGUUCCAUAAAUUGGAGAAAGAUUUUGCUGUCUAUAAAGAACAACAGAAUACCAAACCAGAAGUCCGACUUCAGGCAGAAAUCAAUCUUCUCACUUUAGAAAAGGUUGAACUAGAAAGAAAACUUGAUGCUGUAAACAAGUCAAAAGUACACUACAAACAACAAUGGGGGAGGGCAUUAAAGGAACUGGCUAGACUGAAACAGAAGGAACAAACUGCAGCUAAAGCAGAAUUAAAGAGACAACAACAGGAGUUAGAACAUAUGAGGUUACGAUAUCUAGCAGCCGAGGAAAAGGAAGUGGUGAAAUCUGAUAAGAAGGAACUAGAGGAAAUUAAGAAUGAAUUAAAUAGGUUAAAACAACUUGAAGAAGAAAAGUUAAAGAAUUCGUUUGAAAAUAGUCCACGGGAAAUGGAUGGUAUGAGACCACUGAAACCAGAUUUAGACGGCAGUAUAGAUGAACAUAUAACAAGACUUAUUGAAGAGCGUGAUACUUUGUUACGGACAGGUGUUUAUAGUACGCAGGACAGAAUUAUCGCUGAAUUAGACAGACAGAUUAGAGAUUCAAUGAUUCAGAAGAAAACAAACAACUUGUGAAAUUGAAAGAGAUAGUUAUAUAUUGGAAGCUUGUCUGUGAUAAAAACAUUGUUUAUGCCCCGAAAUAGUCAUCAGUCAAUUCGUUUUUUUGAAGGAAGCAAAGCAUAGUGUAAAAGUGGUUUCAAAUCAUUGUGAUUGAAAAGAAUUUUGUGGCCAUUUUAUUGUUCAUUAUUGUAGAAAAAGUUUUUUGUUAAAGGGCUAAUUUCUAUGGGGGAAUGACAAACAGUAAAAUUGAACCUGUAGAAUAGAGAAUGUGGUUUUUAGUCAUCUACUUUCAUUAAAGGUUGUUAUUUAGAAUACACACAUGUAUAUUGAAACUUAUAAUAAUAUCAAAAUUAUGUUUAUUCCUGGAACAAAUCACAAUUUACGACAGAAAUUUAUGAACUAACAAGUUAACUUCUUAAUUGGUCACAUUGUUGUCUCUAUUUUAUUCAAAUGGAUCCAGUCCAAGGGGAGGCAAUCUGCAGAAAUUAUAAUUUACUGGGAAAAAAAGUUACAAGAAGCUUGUGUUUGACCUUUUGCAGUAGUUAAUUUCAAAGUAAAAUAACUAAAUUGGAAAAAUCAUUUGUGGUGCUGAUAAGGGAAAUAUAAUGUUUAAAUAUAAUGUGUUAAAUAUGAAGUGAUCUUAAAGGUAAAAAUCAUGAUGCAAGUACAUACAAAUAGUUUCAAACUUUCAAUGUGUAGAUGCUUCAUCAUGUUCAUGUUUAGUUAUGUAAAAAUUCUAUUAUCCCAUUGUUCAUUGUGAAUGAAGUCUGGCACUAAUCAUAUUGUGGUAGUAAUAAAGUCAGUCACUACAAAGCAUCUGGAUUAGUUUAUUUUGUUCUGGUAUCACAUGUUUGAAUAGCAGUGCAACUUAGCAAUCAUAUCUUUUAAAGCUUUUGUACAUUGUAGAUUAAUCAGUUUACCAAGUAGCCAGAGAAAUAUGCAUUUCAUCAAACCUAUCAUCUCAUUGUUAAUUUUAUUAUGGAAAUUGUUCAUACUUGAAAUAAAAAAGUUUUUGUUAAACUUUCAUCUGUCCGGUUACAUUCCUAGUCCAUGUUCGUUAAGCAUUUAUAUUUUACAUGUCAGAUUCUGUUUAAAUUUUUCUGUUGUACCUAAAUAAUAUCCAUCAGAGAAGUUAAGCUAUAAAGCUUAUCAUAUUCUGGAAACAGUCAUAUAUGCCUGAUAAAACAAGAUUCUGAAAGGCCAAUGAGAGUUUAUAAUCAUCAAAGAUAUUUAAUUGCAAUUUUGCACUAAAGUGUGUUUGCAUAACUUCAACAAAACCUAUUGACAGUUAUGAUUUAUAAAAUUCUUAAUAUUUUCUUCCUUUUUUUUGUCUUUCUGUGAUGUAAGUGACAGGAGCAAGACUAAUGCAUGCUGCUUUAGGCGUUGGCAGUGUCACCAAUUGUUAAAGUUUGUGUUUUGGUCAUACAGUUUACAUAAGUAUCAUGGCAGUAUUUACUAUUUCUCAGACCUACAGAGGAUUAAUGGUGUCUUAUGUGAUGGACAGUCUUCAUAUACAAUUCAUUGAUAAGAUGUAUCAAAUAGGCCAUCAUUUAUAGAAUUAAAUAUCAGAAGUCUUGUACUCACUGUAAAUCUUAUAUCUUAGUUCCCCCUCUUAUUGUUAUUUUAGUCCCCCCUCUUAUUUUUUUUUUAGUUUUCUCCAUCCUAUGGUUAUUAUAGAUUCAAUGAAUAAACUUUGAACAUAGAUAUAACUCAGAAUCAUGUUACACCUGUAAUUGCUCUGAUUCUAUGUGAAAGUGAUGGUGUUUUUAUAUAUGAUUAGUUUUAAAAUGUCAAAAAUGUCCUUCAGGUUCUUUUGUUUUUUAAAUCAAAUUUGUGCAUACAGCCAUUGAAUUUAUUUUAGUGAUAUUAUAUUUUAUUGUUGACAUUUUUAUUUAUUUAUUUAUACAAAACUGAAUUGUACAUAGAAAAUUUAUACCAGUGUAAAUGUUUGAAUGAACAUAUAUAGUUAUAUAUAUGUUUUAUGGAAAUAUGCAGCAAGAUGCCAUAAUGCAUUAAAGAAAUAAAAAAAAAUAUAUACUAGCCUUCAA